UCAACACGCAUGCGCGCACUGGAGAGCGGCGUUGAUCUCUCCACACAUGAAGAAGCAGGGGAUGCCCGGCUCCGGGGUGGCCGCUGACCGGCUCACCAAACCCAGCUGUCUGAUUGUGUGCAGCGCUGUGAGUGGAGGUGUCUCAGCACCGUCGUUUGUUCAGACCUUUACUCUAGCAAGCUCAGCAUUCAAUCUUCAAGUGGCCUCUCCUGGGGGCAAGGCACUGGAUUUUGUGGGAAUCAAUGAAUCGGACACAAGAUGGUUUCAGGAGUUCCAGUUGAAGCCGUAUGCCAACCCAGCAAAACUGGAAUCUAUAGAUGGUUCUCGUUAUCAUGCACUUUUAAUCCCACAUUGCCCAGGGGCUAUGACUGACUUGGCAAAUAGUGGCUAUCUGGCAAGGAUUUUGCAGCACUUCAAAGCAGAAAAGAAACCUGUCUGUGCCAUUGGUCAUGGUGUGACUGCCUUGUGUUGUGUUGUCGCUGACGAUAAUUCCUGGAUAUUUCAAGACUACAGUCUCACUGGGCCUUCUGUAUAUGAGCUUGUCCGUCAGCCUGACUAUGGCAGCCUGCCUCUUAUCCUAGAAGACUUUGCUAAAGACGCCGGAGCAACAUUCAGUGCCAGCGAGCCGGACGCUGUUCAUGUUGUUCUGGACAGACAUCUGAUAACGGGACAGAAUGAAAAUUCCACAAUGGCUGCUGUUCAGAAUCUGAUCUUGCUCUGCAAUGGAAGGAAAUGAGAUUGCAACAGAGAAUUCAUAAUGAUUUGAUCUCAAAUGGACAAUCGGUGAGAAGAACUGAAUCCUGAUGUGAC